AUGGCCUCUCCUGCUCUUCGUAAUGUUGCCUCGCAAUGCCGCAAGAUCAUGUGCAUUGGUCGUAACUACAUGGACCACAUCACCGAGUUGGGCAACAAGAAACCCGCGAACCCUUUCUUCUUCCUGAAGCCCCCGUCAUCCAUCCUUCUCAAGGGUGAUGGUCCUGUUUUGCGUCCUAGAGGUGUCAAUGUUCACUAUGAGGUCGAGCUAGGUCUUGUCAUGGGCCGCAAGGUCAGAGAUCUCGACCCCAACGACACCCAAGCUGCUUUGGACUCCAUUGAAAGUUACCUUCUCACCAUUGACAUGACCGGCCGCAAUGUUCAGGAGGAAGCAAAGAAGAAGGGCCUUCCUUGGAGCAUCGCAAAGGGCUUCGACACCUUCCUCCCAAUCGCCGGUCCUAUUGCCAAGUCCAAGAUCCCUGAUCCUCACAACAUCGAGUUGUUUUUGAGCGUCAAUGGCGAGAUGAAGCAGAACGACAACACCAACCUCAUGCUCUUCCAGAUCCCCAGACAACUGGCAGACAUCAGCAAGGUCAUGACUCUUGAGAAGGGCGACAUCAUCUUGACUGGUACCCCCAAGGGUGUGGGCUCCGUCCAGACAGGCGAUGUCAUCAGAGCUGGUAUGCGUGUUGAUGGCAAGGAAAUCGAGGAAGCUAGCAUUGAGGUCGAGGUCAAGGAUCGUGAGGGUCCUUACGAGUUCAGCGAGACUUGA